AACGCGGCCCCUAUUCUUGUCACAGGGAGUUCUGGAUAUCUCGGCUCGGCAUUGAUCCGGACGCUGCGAUCCCGUGGAAUUAAGGCGGUUGGGAUGGACCUUGUCUCUGCCGAAACUACCGACUUCCUCGGCUGCGUGUCAGAUGCAGCUGCUGUGGCCGCGGCAAGCGAGGCACCCAACCUCGACUUCUACAAAGAUUCUGACUUCGAGCGUGUGAAUGUUGUCGGCACCGAGAAUGUGAUGCGGCGGGCGGAUGAAGCACCGAUGGUCGGCGUGGUCUUUUCCUCGACGACAUCCUUGAUGAACACGGCUGAGGUGAAAAGGCGAAGUGCAGCAGAGACCAUGGUCCUCAAGGCUUCCGUGGACUACGGCACACCGAGGAACAUCUACGGCGUAACGAAGAAACGCGCAGAAGAGCUCGGCCAAGGAAGCUACAAGACUCCCAUCGCCAUUCUGAGAUGUAGCCGCUUCUUCGCAGAGGAUGCGUAUGACACCUCCGUCGACAAAACGCACCGCAGCAGUGCCGGAUCGAAUGGAAACAUCAAGGCAAAUGAGCUCCUGGCGGGUACUCGAGCAUCGCUGGAGGACAUGAUCAUGGCACAUUUGCUUGCUUUGGCCCACCUGGCAAACGCUCCGAUCACCCACCGCGAAAUUCUGGGGCCCUUGGUGGUGUCUGCGGCCUGCCCACUGCUGCAGGGCGAAAGCUGUGUGCCCGAGCCGACUGAUGCUGUGCGUCGACUCUACAAGAACCUGGGUUGGACUCUGCCCGAACGCUUCGGAAAGAUCAUCGACUCCCGUGAGACGUGGAAACGACUGGCCUGGCAGCCUCGUUGGUCCAUCGGGCGGCUCCUGAGCGAUAUUGACAAGAACGUGAACCGCGAGCUCAUUGAGUCUGGUGGACUUAGCGCCAGUGCCUUUGGCUACACCUACACCUUGCGAAUUGGGUUACCUCCAAUCAAAGAAGUUUGCGCAGAGACACUAGAUGACAAUGGCAUCACCAUCGAUGGCCACACCGAUCUUUCCUUCACGGAGGAGCGAUCAUCCCAGAGCAGGAGGUUCGUGGUUCUUCUAGAGUUCUAA